CGAAAUGGAACUUCGAGACGCGAUGUCAUCCACCCAACAUUCAUACUAAGUUUCUUACAAUUCCGGGUAUCUUGUCGCGGCACUAUUACUAUGGCUGGGAAAGAUGGCAUUGAGACCAAGAAAAUCCAUCCGUUCUUCUCAGCUCCAAAGAAUCGCCCAGAAGCACCUACAAUCAGCCUAGCACGACCCAUGACCCCAGAUCUCUCGGGUAGUUCCAAUCCCGACAAAACUUGUGAAUCUGCAGAUGCAGACGGCGAAGACGAUGGCGAACCGGAGGACUGCAGGAGGAAGCGACGCAGGACGAACCCGAAGCCAAUUCAUGCUGCAGAAGCUGCCCAGCCGGCCACAAAAAGACAGGCUCGACCCAAGCGACAAUCGAGAAUAGGAGGUGAUGGGAGCAUCGCAAGGCAUUUUGGACAAAGCAGAGAUGAUGAGGAUGUCGAAGUCGUUCAGGAGGAUGCCGAAGUGGAGAACAAGGAAGCGGGAGCAGACUCCAUUCUGGAACCCCAAACCAGGUCAUCGCUUCCUCUUGCUCAAACCCCUGAAUCGACUCUUAAUACCGAACAUACACACGAUGUGGACGUGGACUCAAGGAAGAAGAUGAAUUCAACAGCACGGCCACAAAUUUUGGUGAAGUUCAACCCAAAGACGGGGACAUUUGGCUCUCCACCAAAACCAAAGCCGCAGACAGCGGAUAAACCAGGCCUUGCGCCAUCGAAGCCAACCGGCAAAUCAUGCCAAAGUAGACAGAUGGUAAGUCUAAUAGUCCACAUCGACUAUGGGACAGACGAGGAGACGAGGCUUCGUAUCGGCGAGAAGAUUGAGGACGUUAUGAGUGGUGUCCGCCUCAGUCCUAGUCAUGGGAACAUCACAACAGCCGGAGAACCCCGGGAAUCUACGUCUGCCAGACGUAACCGGGAUUCGGAAACCGUGCAAAAAACUUCGAGGAAGAAUGCGCCAAGACGCGGCAAGCCAAGGCGGUUAACUUCUGACGAAGAUGACCAAUAUCCAGAAACCCUACAGCAGAUGCCGAAGAAGACUAUGCCCAGUGGAAAACAAACUCCGAAAAAGGCCACGCACCCAUUUUUCACUGGGAAGCUGAAAGACACCAACACAGUUGCUACCUCAGAGCUCAAAGAAAAACCGAAAUCACCCGCGAAGACACACUCUAUCUUCACAUCAACUCCCUGCUCUCCGCGGCACGCUCGCCAAGUACCCCCAGCAAAAUUCAACUUGCCUCAAUUUGGCAUGAAGACUGGAGGAAUCAAAGUUCCUGGAGCACAACACCCAUCUUGGCCUUGCCAGGAGAUGGUUCAUGUUUACGGUGACGACCGUGACGUGAAACCACGAAGGAUCAAUAGUCAGCUUCUGACAGGCGUGGCUGGAAGGAAACUCAAAGGCCAGGAAAGUCACAUCCCGGCCGAAGAUUCAAUGGUUUACCAUGUUAUGUCUGGGCUGGAAUUAGACCGCCUGGCUGCGGAGUUGAGGGUUCUCAGCACUGAAGACUUCCAAUCCCCGCCGCAGGAAUUGCGCAUCCCAGAAAGAUGUUUUGAGAGUGGAAAAAAACUUCGUAUCAGGAUAGACCCAGAGCUUCGAACCUGCAGGAGUCCACAGGGAACCACGACACAUCCUGCCGUCGCUCAUGCAUACAACUCAGUCCUAACCUCAUCAUCAGCCUUUGAUCAGUCAAAAUGCGAAAAUAGAAUUUGGGCGUCCAAAUACGCCCCGACUUCGGCAGAUCGAGUACUCCAAAGCGGGAAAGAAGCCGAACUUCUGAGAGACUGGCUUUUGACUCUUAAAGUCCAGGCAGUGCACACCGGCACGCCAGAAAUCCUACCCUCCAAGUUGAAACAAGCAGCAGCUCCAAAGAAAAAACGAAAACGGAAGAAGCUCGAUGGUUUCAUUGUGUCGAGCGACGAGGAGGGGAAUGUAAUGGAUGAGAUAUCCGAGUCUGAAGCAGACUGGGCACCCAAUGGAAGUCAGGGUGGUGUCAAGAAGACUGUCGUCAGAGCCAGAGAUAUUCGAGGUUCAAAGGACAAUACUCGCCUCACGAAUGCUGUAGUGCUCAGCGGUCCACAUGGAUGUGGCAAGACUGCCGCUGUCUAUGCUAUUGCGAAAGAGCUUGACUUCGAGGUCUUUGAAAUCAGCUCCAGUUCUCGAAGGAGCGGCAAGGAUAUUCUCGAAAGGAUUGGAGACAUGACACGAAACCACCUGGUCCAGCAUCAUCAGAAUGACCUUGCAGCUGACGAGGUUGAAGGCGUUAGUGACGAUGAGGUAGCCCGAGACAUCAAGUCGGGGAAGCAGGGCAUGAUGACAGCAUUUUUCAAGCCAAAAACCAGCAGCCAACCAAAAAAGAAGAAGCCAGCUCAGAUAAUCUUGAAUUCAGCCACGGAGAAUGAGACUAAGAAGCUGCCAGGAACGAAGCAGAAACAGUCACUGAUUCUGCUUGAAGAGGUUGACAUACUCUAUGAAGAAGACAAGCAGUUCUGGACGACUGUGAUAGCCCUCAUGUCCCAGUCCAAGCGCCCAUUCAUCAUGACUUGCAAUGAUGAAAGCCUGGUUCCUUUGCAUAGUCUGAAUCUCUAUGGGAUUUUUAGAUUCGGCAUACCACCCAAGGACGCGGCUGUCGACCUUCUCUUGCUGAUUGCUGCGAAUGAGGGGCAUGCUCUACAGAGAGAGACCGUUGAAAGCCUCUUCGAAUCACGCAGUCAUGAUAUGCGUGCUUCGAUCAUGGAAUUGAAUUACUGGUGCCAGAUUGGUGUGGGUGAUCUCAAAGGUGGAUUUGGGUGGAUCUAUCGCAGAUGGCCGGCCGGCACCGAUGUUGAUCAGCAUGGCGACAAAAUACGCGUCGUCAGCGCAGGCACAUAUCGAACCGGCAUGGGUUGGCUUGGCCGAGAUGCAGCGCUCGUCCCUUCCGCAUAUCGGUCUGUCCAGGAAGAACUCCAACAGCAACUAUGGGAGAACUGGGGUUUGGAAGAUCUCGAAAGUUCAACAAGUCAGACUUCCUGGGCGCUCAAGGCGAGCAAACCGGAUGCUACCCGAAGCACACGGCUUGAAGCUCUGGCACUGUCGGACUCCUUCGCCGAGUCCAUGAGUGCGGCAGAUAUCUGCUCAAUGGGGUCGUUCACAAAGCUCCACGAAAUAACCAUGGAUCCUACCCAGCCGGGCCUCUCAAGCAAGGCAAGAGACGACUUCAUCAUCGGCUGCCAAUUCAUAGACGCGCCACCGUUGGCUAGUUACAGCAAUACUAGCCUUCACAUCGCCUCGACCAUGAAAAACCUCAGUCGAAGUCUCCUGGCCACCUCGAACAAUCUGUCAAAUCCCCAAUCUUAUUACGUUGCCGCCACGAAUCAGAUCCGCGACAGCUUUAGUAAUCCCCUUUACACUGGCCCAGUCGUCAACCGCUAUGACUACAGCAUCGCCUUUGACCCAAUUGCUGCGUCGGAGAAGCCAUUGAGCUCGGGGAACUUGGAUGCCUCUGUGUUUGAUCGCAACAUGAAACUUCUCAUUCUUGACGUAGCGCCAUACGUCCGCAGCAUAGUAGCCUACGACCAGCGGCUCCAGCAAGAACGAUUACAUCGAAGCAACCUUGUUAGCAAGGGCGGCAAGCCUCAGAAGCGAAUCAGAACGACAAGAAGUGCUUAUUCGGCCCUCGAAGGAGCUUCAAGGGCGAGCAUAAGAAGGGAACAAUACUUCGCCGCGGACAUCAAUCCCCACCUGGUCAUACGCACUGGUGGUGAAGGGUGGGACGCUCUAGCUGCUGAGGCAACAAGGGGGCAACGCAGUUUACAGAGCUGUGCAAGCGCUCCGCAAAGUAGUGACGGCGAGAUGGAUACUUCGGGGGAUUGAUCGAAGACGCCCUGGCAAUGGGAUUGAAAAUUGGUUGGUGUAUGUGAUUAGGUGUUGUCAUUACUCGGAGUAAGGAGUUGCGAAUGACUGGCUUGGCGUAGCGGAACAUACCGUAUGUUCAUGAGGAUUGAAGGAUUAUAGGCAUUGGUGUAGCUCAGUGCAUCAGUUUUCCUUUCUUGACCGUCCGGGUUAUCGUUCGUCUCAUAGAUCUGCUCGCUCUCAUCCCUGAGUGGUGUACCCUGACACAAAAGAGAAGCCCACGAGUAUCACAAUUUGAUACAGCCAUGAUGAAAGAUCACCA